UCUGUUUUUUAACUGUAGUUUUGUUGGAGUCCUUACUCCAGUCUCCAAACCGGAUCACACGCCACAUGAUCAACUGCAUUUAUUUUGAAACGCAUGACCGGAAGACGUCUCGAGCGCCUAUUUCCGCUUCAGAGGAAGUGACAGCAGUGCAGCUGGAUCUAGCACAAAACGAGGGGACAUGGCCAGCAGGCUAAACUCAAAGAUAGUCAUAGUAGGAGGCGGAAUAUCAGGGAUAGCUGCGGCACAACGGCUCGUUAAAGCUGGAUUUCACCACGUUAGGAUACUUGAAGCCACUUCGAGAUGCGGUGGACGAAUCAAAACAGGAAGACUCGGAGACAGUUUGGUGGAGAUCGGAGCAAACUGGAUUCACGGUCCAUCUCAGGAAAACCCGGUGUUCUGUCUAGCUCGUCAGUAUGGGCUGCUUGAGCCAGAGGCCCUCACCCCAGAGAACCAGGCAAUGGACAUCGCAGGACACCCCCCCUGGGUUCCUGCCUUCUACAGCAGCUCAGGUCAGAAGUUGAAUGCUGAAGACGUCGUUCCUGCUAUUGAGUUGUUUGCUGAACUGCUGGAUCAGAGUUCAGAGUUUCAGAACCAAAAAGGAGAACCAUUUCCCAGUGUGGGAGAUUUCAUAUGCACACAGGUCAGACAACAAGCAGAGGAGAAAUGGAAAGAUACUGACUUGGCCACCAAGUCUCUGCGACUGUGUAUGAUCAGUAACAUGCUGAAAGUGGAGUGUUGCGUUAACGGGGCUCACAGCAUGAAUGAGGUGGGUCUGGGAGCCUUUGGACAAUACAAGACUCUGCCUGGACUGGACUGCACAUUCCCAGGUGGCUAUGAAGGUCUAAUUAAAAACCUGAUGUUGGAGCUCCCUGAUGGAUUAGUGACCUACAAUAUGCCUGUCCGAUGCAUCCACUGGAACAACUCGGAGAGGACGGAUAACCCUGUGAUGCUUGAGUGUGACAGUGGAGAAAAGAUCAGUGCUGAUCAUGUUAUCGUCACAGUGCCUUUAGGAUACCUAAAGAUGCACCAUUCAACCAUGUUCCAACCUCCUCUUCCUCUGCACAAGCUGCACUCUGUCCAGAGGCUGGGGUUCGGAACAAACAAUAAGAUAUUUGUGGAGUUUGACGUACCAUGGUGGGAUGCUCAAUGUGAGGUCAUUUACCUGGUGUGGGAGGAUGAGGAUGACAUGGUAGAUCAGUUUCCAGACAUUCAGAGGUCCUGGAUAAAGAAGUUAUUUGGCUUCACUGUACUCAAACCCACCGAAAGGUAUGGCCAUGUUCUCUGUGGCUGGAUUGCUGGGCAUGAGUCAGAGUAUAUGGAAACACUGUCUGAACAGGAGGUCACACAGGCUGUCACACAACUGAUUCGUAGGUUCACGGGGAACCCAACCGUUACCCCAACCAGAAUUCUCCGCUCCCAGUGGUUCCAUGAUCCCUGGACAUACGGCUCCUACAGCCACCUUGGGAAUGGCUGCUCAGAGCAAGACCUGGACAACAUGAUGGAACCACUGCCGCCAAAAGGAUCCCAGUCACAGCCCAACCAAGUGCUGUUUGCUGGGGAGGCCACACAUCCCUGCUACUUCUCGACUGUCCAUGGAGCGCUUCUUACUGGGUGGAGAGAAGCUGAUAGACUGAUCUCUUACUAUUCCUCCAUAAAUCCAUCCGAGGCUUUCAAGUCAAAGCUGUAAAAAAGAGCAGUCAUGUUGUUCCAAAAAUAUAAAGAAUUACUGAUUUACUUCACAAAUAAUGGGAAGCUAAUUACAAAUUGGACCAUCAUGGUAACCAGUUUUUUUUAAUGAGUUAAUGAAUUGUCACAAGAAGCCAAUGAAGUGUGAUUCUGCUGCCUCUUUAUACUUUACUGAAGUGAAAUCCAGACAGAUUAAAAUUAAUCUAAUGGACCUUACACUAAUGUUGUGUAAGGUCCUUUAUUUUUAUGGUUUAUGUUAAGGAUACAGUGCACUCUUAUUAUGAAUCACAACUUUUAUAGAUUAGUAUUAACUUUGUUCUAAAACUAAUGUUCUUUUAAUUUUGGAAAAAUAAAUGAUUUACUUAAUUUUUUUAACAUUGAUUUUGUCCUUGAAAGUUUUCAGUGCUUCUUUUUGUAAGUCCACUGUGAACAAAUUGUUUUUGCUGAUAUCUCGUUUGAAAUGCUUUGUAUUUUUUAUAUGUUAGUUGAUUUAAGUUUUAAGACCAAAUUUAAGACAAAAUUAUUCUGUUUUGCCAUCAUGAGCCUCCAGAAUUUACUUUGUUUAGCUAACCUCUUAUCUAAAAAGUGUAUAUUGUCAUCUCUAUAUGAUAUGCAGGUAUUUUAAACACCAAACUGUUUGGAGAAAAUAAAUUCAACAACCAAAUGCUUAUUGAAUA